UCUACCGGUUAUCAGCUGGUAGUUAGUCGGUCUCUGCCAGUGACAGUCAUCCCUCAAACCCUCAGGAACCCCCCACCUGGAUUGCCCACCUGUCUCACAUCUGUCCGUUGUUUUUUUAAUUACACGGUGCGAUGAAGCGGAAAGUAAACGACAUUUCGGAGUAGUCUCAAUGAGUGCCGUGCAACAGGCAACUGGGCUGCAAACUCACUGAGAGGCUCAUCGGCUUUGGAGGAACUGUUGCACAAAAUCCCGCUGCGAUGUCCCUGCUGUGUGUCAGAGUAAAGAAAGCCAAACUCCACGGGCCACCAGACAAGUUCAACGCCUAUGUAACCUUAAAGGUGCAAAAUGUGAAGAGUACAACCAUCACAGUCCGUGGGGAUCAGCCAUGUUGGGAGCAAGACUUCAUGUUUGAGAUCAAUCAUCUGGAGUCAGGUCUGGUGGUGGAGCUCUGGAAUAAAGGUUUGAUCUGGGACACUAUGAUCGGCACAGCGCUGAUACCCCUGGACACCAUUCGACAGUCUGACGAGGAGGGACCCGGAGAGUGGACGUCUCUGGACUCUGAGGUGUUAAUGAGGGAGGAUGAGAUCUGCGGCACCACCAACCCAACUCCACACCAAGUGCUGCUGGACACCCGCUUUGAGCUGCCCUUCGAUAUCCCAGAAGACGAGGCUCAGUACUGGACCAGUAAACUGGAGCGGAUCAAUACCAUGCGGAUACAUGAUGAGUAUCCACUGCAGGAAGAGGUCCAGAGAAGACGAAUGGCGUCUGUACCCUCCCAGUGCUCUUUCGAUGACCAUGAUAGUGCAAUGGAUGACCGAGAUAGCGACUACCGCAGUGAAACUAGCAACAGACCUCCACGGUUCUACAACACCUCUCAGACAAAUUCGUCUGUGCACCAGUACCCUAUAGGACGCAGGGUCCAUCAUCAAACCCUGUCCAGGGAGUCUGACUCUAUACAAAGCUAUGAGCUAGACUAUAGAGAAAUGAGGGGGCCCAGUCCACCGGACAGCAGUCGCUUUGAUUCAUCGGGCAACCUCAGCCCGGCCAGCUCCCAGCUCAGCUCUGAACCUGAGGAGCGCCGUGACCCGGAGUCCUGCCUGAGCGGCCCUCAUCCCCCUCUUCGCAGCCAGCCAUCUACCUGGGAUGAGGAGGAAGAGGAGGAGGAAGAGGUUGAGAAAGAGCUGCAUCCACUACCAGAGCCUGGUUCCAACAAAGAUUUGAAGGACUCUUCAGUUAUUCUGCCCAAACCAAUCUUGGACAACCAUGAUAACAAGUCUCAAACUAAAAUCUGUUUCUUCGAAGAUGGUCCUCCACCCUGCUCCCCAUCCAAAGUUCGCUGGCUAAAAGCAUACAACAAAGUGAGAGUACAGCUCCUUGAGAGCCGAGAUCAAGAUGGUGACCCGAGCAAGCACCCGUGGGCCAAGCCAGGGGGAAACACACCGUUUGGCAUCGACAGCAUGCCAGACCUCCGCAAGAGGAGGCCCAUUCCCCUUGUUAGUGAACUGUCUAUGAUACAGUCCAGGAAAGCUGGACUCGCCCACACACUGGCCACACGGACCUCCCUGAAAGACGAAGAGCUUAAAAACCACGUGUACAAAAAGACCCUUCAGGCUCUGAUCUACCCCAUCUCCUGCACCACGCCCCACAACUUCGAGGUCUGGACGGCCACCACGCCCACCUACUGCUACGAGUGCGAGGGUCUGCUGUGGGGCAUCGCGCGGCAGGGCAUGCGCUGUGCCGAGUGCGGGGUCAAAGUGCACGAGAAAUGCCAGGAGCUGCUGAACGCUGACUGCCUGCAGAGAGCAGCCGAGAAGAGCUCCAAGACGGGGGCGGAGGACCGUACGCAGCACAUCAUCAUGGCCAUGAAGGACAGGAUGAAGAUCCGCGAGAGGAACAAGCCGGAGAUCUUUGAGGAGAUCCGGAAGUUGUUCAACAUCUCCAAGAUGAUCCACGCCCAGCACAUGAAGAGCGUCAAGCAGAGCGUCCUGGACGGCACCUCCAAGUGGUCGGCCAAGAUCACCAUCAACGUCGUCAGUGCACAGGGUCUCCAGGCCAAGGACAGGACGGGCUCCAGUGAUCCGUACGUCACCAUCCAAGUCGGCAAAACCAAGAAGAGAACAAAGACCAUCUAUGGCAACCUGAACCCAGUCUGGGAGGAGAAGUACAGCUUCGAGUGCCACAACUCGUCAGAUCGCAUCAAGCUGCGAGUCUGGGACGAGGACGACGACAUCAAGUCGCGAGUGAAGCAGCGUCUGAAGAGGGAGUCCGACGACUUCCUGGGUCAGAGCAUCAUCGAGGUCCGAACACUGAGCGGAGAGAUGGACGUCUGGUACAACCUGGAGAAGAGAACAGACAAGUCGGCGGUGUCUGGUGCCAUUCGUCUUCAGAUCAGUGUGGAGAUCGAGGGAGAGGAAAAGGUGGCGCCCUACCACGUACAGUACACAUGCCUUCAUGAGAACAUGUUUCACUUCUCCACGGACGUAGAAGGAGGCGGCGUGGUGAAGAUCCCGGCGGCUCAGGGCGACGACGCGUGGAAGGUUUACUUUGACGAAGUGCAGCAGGAAAUCGUGGACGAGUUCGCCAUGCGGUACGGCAUCGAGUCCAUAUACCAGGCCAUGACCCAUUUCUCCUGCCUGUCCUCUAAGUACAUGCUGUCGGGGGUGCCGGCUGUGAUGAGCACCCUGCUGGCCAACAUCAAUGCCUUCUACGCCCACCCCACCGCCUCCACCAACGUCUCCGCUCCGGCCAGAUUUGCAGCCUCCAACUUCGGGAGAGACCGUUUUGUGAAGCUCCUGGAUCAGCUGCACAACUCGCUGCGUAUAGACCUCUCCAUGUACAGAAAUAACUUCCCAGCAAGCAGCAAGGCUCGUCUCAAUGACCUCAAGUCGACAGUGGAUCUUCUCACCAGCAUCACCUUCUUCAGAAUGAAGGUCUUGGAGCUGCAGAGUCCUCCCAGAGCUGCCAACGUGGUGCGGGACUGCGUCAAGGCCUGCCUGAACUCCACCUACGAGUACAUCUUCAACAACUGUCUGGAGCUCUUCAACCGUCAGUUCCAGCCCGCCGUCCAACCGCCUGAGCCAGAGAAGAAAAAGAAGGAGAAGAAGAAGAAGGAAAAAGCGGAAGGAGAGGAGGAAGAUGAUGAGGAAGAGGAAGAUGAGGAGGAGGAGGAGGAGGAGGAGGAGGAAGAGGUAGAGGAGAAGAAGGAGGAGAGUCAGCCGGAGGAGCAGGGUCCGAGUAUUCAGAAUCUGGACUUCUGGCCCAAACUCAUCACGCUCAUCGUCUCCAUCAUCGAGGAGGACAAGAACUCGUACACACCCAUCAUUAACCAGUUUCCUCAGGAACUUAAUGUUGGUAAAGUCAGCGCUGAGGUCAUGUGGAUGCUGUUUGCUCAGGACAUGAAAUACGCUCUGGAGGAACACGAGAAACAUAAGCUCUGUAAGACCGCCGACUACAUGAACCUGCACUUCAAGGUCAAGUGGCUUUACAACGAGUAUGUUAAGGACCUGCCCGCCUUCACAGACACUGUGCCUGAGUACCCAGCGUGGUUCCUCCAGUUCGUCCUGGCCUGGCUGGCUGAGAACGAGGACGUGUCAAUGGAGUUCAUGCACGGAGCGCUGGAGAGAGACAAGAGAGAAGGGUUCCAGCAGACGUCUGAGCACGCUCUGUUCUCCAGCUCGGUGGUGGACAUCUUCACUCAGCUCAACCAGAGCUUCGAGAUCAUCAAGAAACUGGACUGCCCCGACCCCACCGUGGUGGCCCAUUAUAACAGGCGCUUCGCCAAGACGAUCACCAAAGUGCUGCUGCAGUACUGUGCCCUGCUGGCCAAGAGCUUUCCCUCCUACUGUGAGAAGGAGAAGAUACCGUGUGUGCUGAUGAACAACAUCCAGCAGAUGAGGGUCCUUUUGGAGAAGAUGUUCGAGUCGAUGGGAGCGAAACAGCUGGAUAUGGAGGCAGCUGACAUCCUCAAUGAGCUGCAGGUGAAACUCAGCACCGUCCUGGACAACUUCAGCACCACGUUCGCCAAGAGUUUCCAGACUCGUAUCAACGGCUGCAUGCGUCAGAUGGCUGAGAUCCUCUACCAGAUCAAAGGCCCCCCCAACCACAACACUGCAGAGGCAGAUGCUGACAACAUGCUGCGACCCCUCAUGGAGUUCCUGGAUGGGAAUCUCAGUAUCUUUGCUGACAUCUGUGAGAAGACGGUGCUAAAGAGGAUCCUGAAGGAUCUGUGGAAGAUUGUCCUGAGCAGCCUGGAGAAGACCAUCGUCCUGCCCCAGAGCAACGACAGCCUGGGAGCCCAACUCCUCACGGCUGCUAAAGGACUCUCAAACCUCAAGGGAGGAGGUGAGGCCAAAACCCUGACGCCCAAGCAGUGCAUAAUUAUCGAUGCAGGGCUGGAGACAAUCAAGCAAUACUUCCAUGCAGGAGGAAACGGGCUGAAGAAGGCAUUUGUCGAGAAAAGUCCUGAACUGGCAUCGCUGCGUUACGCCCUCUCCCUCUACUCCCAGAGCACCGACGCUCUCAUCAAGACCUUUGUCACCACGCAACACUCCCAAGUGCAUGAUGGGAUGGGCAUCAGAAUCACUGGCAAUGAAAAGAUUCGACCUGAUAGAGGUUCAGGGGUGGAGAAGCCGAUCGGAGAGGCCAUUCUACAGAUCGACAUGAUGCUCGGGAAAGAACGCAAGGUCAACGUCAGAGUCAUUGCAGUGAACGACAUGAAGUGGCAGACAUCAGGUAUGUUCCGGCCUUUUGUUGAGGUCUCCAUGGUUGGUCCUUUCCUGGCUGACAAGAAGCGCAAGUUCACCACAAAAUCCAAGAACAACAGCUGGUCCGCAAAGUUCAACGAGGCCUUCCAGUUUGUCCUGGGUAAAGAGUCCCCAGACUGCUAUGAGCUCCAGGUGACGGUGAAGGAUUACUGUUUCGGCCGGGCAGACCGGGUGGUUGGGAUGGCCGUGGUCCAGCUCCGUGAUGUUGCCGACCGCAAGAGCUGCGUGUGCUGGUGUCCUCUUGGGCCACGCGUUCACACCGACGAGACGGGCAUGACAGUGAUGCGUAUCCUGUCCCAGCGACCUGCUGAUGAGGUGGCCAAGGAGUUUGUCAAGCUCAAGUCCGAAACUCGUCCUGUGGAGGAGGGCAGAUGAGCAGAGGCGCUGACUCAAGAUCAAGGUCUCAGUUUAGAGUCAGGGCUGCUUGUUUAUGAUCGUCAUCUUCAGUAAACACAGACCAUUAAAACCCCUGAGGAGGACACAGUAGAAAAUUCAAUAGAAGAAUUUUGGAGGGAGAUGCUCUCUGAAUGUUGAAAAAGAAGAAUGUCUAAUGAUAAUCAUCACCAAUAUCAUAACUAUCAAGGAAAAUAUGGGUUUAAAUCACCAAUGUAGCGGUCUGAAAUAGGUUCAGUUCAUUGCUGAUCUUCAAAUACUAAUAACUGACUGUUUUUGUUCACCUUUAACCAUUUAAAUCUAGAUGAAAUCUAACAUAUCUGUCAAAGGUUGGACCUCAAAAAUAAUGGAUUUGGACACCAUAAAAAGAUGGUAUUAGUUUUAAAACUGGAUGGAUUCGAGUAAAUACCAAGUAAUUCUAGAUUCUUGUACUGACUGAGGGUAGGGCGAUAUCUUAAAACGUUCCAACCAGGCAAUCGUCAGUCCAACAACCAGUGAUUGCUGAUAUAAUCCUGCAGGUAGAGAUAGACUUAACAGGUCUGAACAGGAACAAGUCCAACACUAUUUUAAAAAGAGUCCAGUAGCAUCAGAUGAAGGACACCUUGACUUACAGCUUCUAAAUGAACAAACAGAUGAGGAUAACAUGCUGUUAAAUGAUCAGGACUUACAGUUUUUGGUCUGGUUCUCAAAUAUAUUGCUUUUCAGGACCAAUUGAUCAAACAGCAACCACUAAAGAUGACUUAAUUAUCAUUUAGACAGAAAGACAGGAAUCAAACUGCCAGUUCCUAGUUUGUAGAACAAGUUGAAUUCCAAAGGAGGUAGGCCAGUAAAUCAGCAAAAUAAAAUGACCAAAAUUGCACCAAAAGCCAAUCAUCAAGAGCCGAUAUAUUUGUCCAAUUGCCUAGGCCAAAUUUUGACUCCAAACAAUUGCAUUGGAUACUAGUCAUCAACCAGCCAACUCACAAAAAUAUCAUACUUAGCAUGAGUUGUAGCAAAGACAUCUAGCUUUUGACAAACAUUUGAAAGGGUAACCAAGGAAGACCUCCCCAGAAUUACAGUAUGGGAAUUAAGUAUCCAUGUAAAACAGCUCUUGUAUCAUUGGUUACUAAUUUUCCAUUCAACAUGAUAAUAUAAGAAUUGCAACACAUAUCAGCUGAAUCACGUCACAUCCCUUGAUCCAUGCCAACUGCCACUCGUAGCAUCAAAUCCAGAGAGUUUUCCUGGUACGUACAGCACGACAGUGACAGAUUCUGAUGCUCUGAACCAAGAGGAACUGUGUGAGGAUGCUGCUAAUGUGUGUUGCCCUUUACUGAUCAACUGACUGAAUGUAUAAAACCUUGAAAAGAAAAAAAACAUGAUACACCGGAAUAGGAUUUCCAUGUCACGUUUUAUGAAUUACAUAGCCUUAAAAGAAAAACUUGCUAGCUAACAUAGCUAGCUCAAACUUAAAACAUGAAUGAGUUUGACAACGGUGACAUUUUAAGCAAAAAGGCUUUUAAAAAAGGAUUUUAAUGAUUUUAUCAAGAAGCAAAAAAUUAUGGGUAUAAUAGUUAGUCGAACAAAGACUGUGAGAAGAAAUAUAAUGUCGUAGGUUUUGAUUUAGCUCUUCUGUUAUUGCCAAGUGUUAAACUGUGACUGUGAAGACUGUUUACCGUGUAGACCUGCUCUGAAUGGAAACAACCAAAAGCUGGCAACCCGUUUUUAACGGCUAAAUAGUGUCAACACCUUUACAGAGGACCUGAGAAACACCUUUACAGAGGACCUGAGAUUGACCUCUGAGAAUUUCCUGCUCUUUCAGACGCCACAGCCUUGCCAUGCAUGCACAGUCACAUCCUGUACCAAUCACGUUUCUGAAUAUCUGAUUGGUGUUUUUUUUUUUUUUUAACAUUAGGUGCACUACAAACUUAAGACAGAUGGAAAAUGAAAAAACGUACAGGUAGUUUGACUGAAGUGUAACUGGGUUUGAUCCACACUCUUGUCUGUUUACUACGUGCCAAGGAACGCAAGUGUUCAGCGAGCCAUGUUCAACUUUGCUCUUUCUUCACAGAUUUUGGGUUGUUUGCAGACAGACGUGGCUGCUGUAGACGUCCCACUUCAUGCUGCUUGCUGCACGUUUGCCAAAAAACUUAGCUGCACUUUGGCUCCAACCUUUAAAUGACAUUGUCUUGAAAACUAGUUUAGAGUUUUACGUUUUGGUUCUGUUGUGUUGAACAAAAACAAACGUUUUGUCUACAGUACAGUAAAAGUGCAUGAAGGGGGAUCUUUCACAGUGGCCAUAGCUGUAGUAACAACUGAACUCUUGCACUCUGUUUAAAACUAACUGUAAGUUUGUAAAAAAGAAAAAAAGAAAGAAAGAAAGAAAACAAAUAAAAGCCUAUGACCAGAGCAUGUAUUUAUUGUAUACAAUCAACUAGAAUUGUGAUUUUUUUUUUUCAUGUAUGUACUGUGAAAUAUGAAGAUUGAUCAAAUGUAUGUAAAGUCCUUAUCAUUAUUCUAAUGUGACAUAUGUUGAAUAUACUUGUAACAAUAUUUUGUAUAUAAAAUAUUUAUGAAUCAA